AUGGGUCAGGGGGCUGAGGGGUCAGGGUCUGUGGGGGUCAGGGGGUCUGUGGGGUCAGGGUCUGUGGGUCAGGGGUCAGGGUCUGUAGGGUCAGGUCUGUGGGUCAGGGUCUGUGGGUCUGGGUUCUGUGGGGUCAGGUCUGUGGGGUCAGGGUCUGUGGGGUCAGGGGUCAGACCUACCCUACAGACCCUGUCCCCUGACCCCACAGACCCUGACCCCACAGACCCUGACCCCACAGACCCUGAUCCCACAGACCCUGAUCCACAGACCCGGACCCCACAGACCCUGACCCUACAGACCCUGACCCCUGACCCCACAGACCCUGACCCCACGACCCUGACCCACAGACCCUGA